CGUUCGACAACACUGACGAGCAAGUGUUUCUUUUUCGCUGCAUCCCAUUCUUUCCUUCGCUUCUACUUGUGCUUCUUCACCUCUCAAUUUCUAAGAAAUAAAAAGAAGGAAAAAAAGAAGAAAUAGAAGACACCCCCUCAUUAGAGUCAACCUACACACAAUGUCACCUGGAUCAGUACGCAGCCCUCCGACCGGAGUUUACGUCCCCGUCCCGACUUUCCUCCACCCGGCCUCGGCAUCCUCAGGACUGCAAGCCAAGGUCGACGUCGAGACCCAGGUCAAGCACUCGAUUUUCCUGGCCAAGAACGGCAUCAGAGGUCUUGUGCUGCUCGGGUCGACCGGCGAGGCCAUCCACCUCAACAAACAGGAGCGCUUCGACCUCGUCGCAGGUUGCAGGAAGGGACUCGACGAUGCUGGCUUUACAGACUACCCCAUCAUGGCGGGCGUACUGACCAACGGCGUCGAUGAGACGCUGGAGUGGCUGCACGAUUAUGCAAAGGCCGGCGCGCAGUGGGGGCUUGUGCUGGUGCCUGGGUACUUUGGCACGGCUGGUAACCAGGCCAACAUCCAGGAAUGGUACACGGUGAUUGCGGAUAACAGCCCCAUUCCGAUUCUCAUCUACAAUUACCCUGGCGUUACCAACAAUGUCGUGGUCGCGCCUGAGACGUACACGGCUCUGGCGCAACACCCCAACAUUGUUGGAUGCAAGAUGUCCCAUGGCAACGUGUCUCACCACGUCCAAGUCUCUCUAGACCCAGCAAUCGACCACAACAAGUUCAAAGUCUACAGCGGGUUCGGCCAGCAGCUCGGCCCUAUCGUGCUCUUCGGGGCGGCAGGUGUGAUCGAUGGCCUCUCCGCCAUCUAUCCCAAGACCGUCGUCAGGCUGAUGAACCUCGCCGAGAAGAGACCGGUCGAGCCUGACGCGCUGGCUGAGGUGCAGAGACUCCAGUACGUGGUUAGCAAGGCGGAGGAGUACAUUGGCAAGACGGGUAUUGUCGGCAUCAAGGAGGCUGUCUACCGCGUGACGGGCAUGGGAACCUUGGAGGGCGGCAGAUUACCCCUUAAGGGGAAGUUGGCGGAUGGGGAGUGGGAGAGGCUGAGGGCGCAGUAUCUUGCUGAUGUUGAGGCUUCUGAAAAGAGCUUGUAGCUAGAGCUCUUAUAGAUGUGACACGGGUUCUGGUAAUCAGAUGCUGCACAGGCCAAUGUAUCCAACGGGCACUUGAUUAUUUUAGCGUUGAGUCAUUAACCAGCAGGCAACAGAGGCAAGUUCGAAUACGAUAUCCGAUGGCUUACAUUGCAACCUUGAGUAGAAAAGAG